AUGAAUUUCUUAGAAAACUUUGACCCCGAAACAUCAGCUCGGGAACGUAGAAAAUUGAAUCGUAGGAGCUAUUUUAUGAAUCGAACAUGUAAAAAACUUUAUAAUGAAAAAGGAUUGUUAGCAGCGACAGGACAAGAUCUUUGUGAUUGCUUGGAUGAAACAUGUCCAGGUUGCCAUUUCCCGUGUGCCAAAUGUAGUUCCAAUAAAUGUGGACAUGAAUGCAGGAUUAACAGGAAAUGGAUGUAUGAUAAAAUUGAAAUUGAAGGAAAUGAUUUUGUCAUUAAAAAUGUAUAUAGAAGAAAA